UUCCCACAAACAAAUGAUCAACGACAACUGAUAUAGCAUCAUUCAACAAAUCUGUUAGUCGAUUGGAUUAAUUACGAUUUUUCUCUGUGUAUCAUCAUAAUCUUAUUAUCAAAGUAAAAUUAAACCUGGGGACAUAAACAAAAUACCUGAAUUUUAUCAUCAAAAAUGAAUAAAUGUGGCAAACAACGAUUAUCAAGGCCAUUAUUAACAUCAAUAUGGCUACAAUUAAUGAUGACAAUUUUGAUUCAAACAAAUAUUGUUUUGGCUAGUGGUGGCUAUGGGGGUGGUGGUGGUUAUCACGAACCCCCAAUUGUAAAAGUAAUACAUAAAACUGUACAUAUACCUAAAGCGGUUCCAGUACCAAAAAUAAUACAUGUACCAAAAAUGGUACCAGUACCGAAAACAGUAGCCGUACCGCAUCCAGUAUAUGUACCUGUAAAAGUACCAAUAUAUAAAACAGUAAAAAAAGUAAUACCGAUACCGAAAACAAUUCCGGUACCAAAACCGGUACCAGUUCCUGUUCCAAAACCAGUACCCGUACCGGUACCAAUCAUUAAACAUCAACCAUAUCCAGUAUAUAAAACAAUACAAAUAGCCAAACCAUAUCGUGUACCUUAUCCGGUUAAAGUACCAAAAUAUGUACCAUAUCCUGUACCGAAAAUUAUACAUGUACCAAAACCAUAUCCAGUACCUGUAAAAGUACCGAUUUAUAAACAAAUUAUUAUCAAAAAACCCGUACAUAUUCCAGUACCGGUUUACAUCAAGAAAAAGCCAGUAUAUCAUCCACCAUCAUAUGCAUAUGAUGGAUAUAAAGCAGCAGCUGCAUCAAAUUUACAUGAAUCAAAAUUAUUACCACCCGCAUCAUCACCGCAAUCAUCAUCGCAAUCACAACAAGAACCAUCAAAUGUACAACAAAUGAUGAGCAAUGAUCCACAGAAUAGUUAUUCAGCAAAUUUAAAUCAACAACAACAACAACAUCAGCAGCAGCAGCAACAGCAACAACAGCAAUAUUACCAUCAUUCACCACAUUAUCAUCAUUAUCAUCCGCAACAGCAACAACAACAACAGCAUCAUCAACAACAACAACAGCAACAACAUGAUAAUCAUCAGGCACAGCCAUCGGAAAAUAGUCAAACAAUAUCGAUGAUUAAUUAUUAUCAUCAUCCACAACAACAACAACAAUAUGGAUACCAACAACAACAACAAGCUCAACAACAACAACAAACUUAUUAUUUACAGCCACAAUUUAUGUAUCAUCAUCAUCAACAACAGCAACAGCAAUAUCCGAUUCCUUAUUAUCAUCAUCAUCAUCAUCCACAACAGCAGCAGCAGCAGCAACAGCCGCAACAACAUCAUCAAAAUUCCUAUUCACCAACAUCAUCAAUAAUGCAAAUGAUUGAUCAAGAACAACAACAGCAACAGCAACAAGAAUUACAACAACCGCAGCCAACAGCAUCAAUAAUAAAUAAUAAUGAUUUAAUCAUGAAUCAAGAUGAUUCAUCAAAUCUAGAGCCAACAUCCAAUCAUUUAUUAAAUGAUAAUGAUGAUAUUGAAAAUGGUGAUGCCGAACGUCGAUCAUCCUCCUCCUCAUCAUCAUCAUCGUCGUCAUCGUCAUCAUCGACAUCAACGAAAAAGGAUUAAAAAACGAAAAUCUUCUUGUUAAUCGAAUCCCAAUGGAUUGAUUCCAAGCAAAUAUAAUUGAAAUUCUGGAAUCAAAAAAAACCUAAAGCAUCCU